UUUACGCAUGCGCAAUAACGUUUUUUCAGGUAACAACUUCCUGCCAUUUUGUCAGAAAAUCCGUCGAAAUGAGUUAUCAAUUAUAUCGAAAUACGACGCUUGGUCACACGCUGCAAGAAAGUUUGGACGAGUUAAUCCAAUGCAGCCAGAUCACACCACAGUUGGCUCUCAAGGUCCUCCUUCAAUUUGACAAGGCAAUCAAUAAUGCUCUAGCAACCCGAGUCAAAAAUAGGGUGAACUUCAGGGGCAAACUAAAUACCUACAGAUUCUGUGACAAUGUUUGGACGUUUGUUUUAGAAGACGUUGAAUUCCGAGAUGUGCAGGAAAUGGCCCACGUUGACAAAGUCAAAAUUGUGGCAUGUGAUGGGAAGGGAACCCAAUGAGAAUUGAGGAGUUAUAUUUUGAGUGUCACACAAGAUUCGAUGCCAACUGUUGAUUCGAUUUCACCCCAGCAAAAUGUUGUCAUAACUGUGCUGCUGGAAUUUCUAAGCAAGAUUAUGCUGCUAAGACAUCAAUGAUAUUGAGACAAAUCAAGGCAGGACUAUAAUUGAUGAAGUGCUUUCUGUGGACUGAAGAUUUCUAUGAGGAGAGUCUAAGUCAAAUUUACUGAAAAUAUCGUGAGGGUGAAAUUCAUCCGCAUUUACCCCUAUAAAGUGUUAAAGGAAAGUUUGAGAAGUUAUUUCUUUCCAAAAGUGUGGAAAUGGAUAGCACAAGUUCAGAGCUAGUCAAUGAGUAUGAGAAAAUGACUUUGUUGACCGCUAAAUUUGAAGAUGAAAUAUUUUGUAAAUUUUCCGGGUAUUUUUUGGUGAUUAUCAAUGGUAGAGUUAGUUAUGUGUGGAAAAGUUAAUCUAUCAGCUGAAAAAUUCUGAUGCAUGAAAAUAACUGAAACAGGGACAAGGCUUCUAAAAUCCAAUUGGAGCAACUACGUGUGUUGUAUUUUCAAGGGGUUUUCCAUGUCAUUGUUACUCCCUCUGUAGCAAGUUGGACAGUCAUGUCUUGAAAUCUGACUGUUGGUUAAGUAAGACCCCAUGCAGUUCAUUUGAAUGUACAAUUAACCCAGUGGUCACCAGUGUCGAAAUACCUCAGGUUCAGAACAACCUUGUCCCAAGUCAUCUUAGUCUUACAUGAACAAUGUUCAAGAGCACUUGGGGAAGAGGUUAGGGUGGGAAUUUUGGAAGACUGGUUGACGUAUAAGCCUCCAUAACUUAUCCCCAAGGGUCAAUCCCAAAGAAGGGGUAUGCACAUCUGUCACCAUGGGGAUUUUCGAAAGCUUUUUUUCGAGGCAGGUACCGGCUGUAAGUGUAAGCUGGUUCAAUUCAAACUCCUGAUGAAGGAGAUAUUUCUCCAAAUAUGGUUGAAGUACCAUGGAUGACGCGCUGUUUAUCUUUAACAGAUAAUAAAUCUUCUUUAUCUUUGUAA